CCCGAGGAGCCCAGCUGAGUUUCAAGAUAUAAAAGCAACUUCGGGUGCCCCCUUUCCAGCCGGGACGUCUUAAAGGGCUCGGAGCCGGGCAGCUCCCCGCGCCGCAGCGCCUGUUUCCCCUUUGCUCCUCUCUGGCCCUCCCUCCUCCCGCCCCCUCGUUCCCUCCCCCAGCGCGCUCCAGCCUCCGAGCUCCAGUAGCUCCGAGACAGCUUUCCAGGAUUAUGGAGUUUCUGAGCGAGAAGUUUGCCCUCAAGAGCCCACCGAGUAAAAACAGUAACUUUUACAUGGGCGCAGGAGGCGCGUUGGAGCACGUUAUGGAGACGCUGGACAAUGAGUCCUUUUACAGCAAAGCGUCGGCGGGCAAAUGCGUGCAGGCCUUCGGGCCCCUGCCCCGCGCCGAGCAUCACGUGCGCCUGGAGAGGACCUCGCCCUGUCAGGACGGCAGCGUGAACUAUGGGAUCACUAAAGUAGAAGGACAGCCUCUUCACACCGAACUAAAUAGAGCUAUGGACAACUGUAACAGUCUCCGGAUGUCUCCCGUGAAAGGGAUGCCAGAGAAGGGAGAACUGGAUGAACUUGGGGAUAAAUGUGACAGCAACGUAUCCAGCAGUAAGAAACGGAGACACCGAACCACCUUUACCAGCUUGCAGCUGGAGGAGCUGGAAAAGGUCUUUCAGAAAACCCAUUACCCGGAUGUAUAUGUCAGAGAGCAGCUUGCUCUGAGGACUGAGCUGACUGAGGCCAGGGUCCAGGUUUGGUUUCAAAAUCGAAGGGCCAAGUGGAGAAAAAGAGAACGUUAUGGCCAAAUCCAGCAAGCUAAAAGCCAUUUUGCUGCCACCUAUGACAUAUCAGUUUUGCCAAGGACUGACAGCUAUCCACAGAUUCAGAACAAUUUGUGGGCAGGAAAUGCGAGUGGUGGUUCUGUGGUCACUUCAUGCAUGUUGCCACGUGACACUUCCUCCUGUAUGACACCUUACUCUCACUCGCCUCGGACAGAUUCCAGUUACACAGGGUUUUCAAACCACCAGAACCAGUUCAGCCACGUGCCCCUCAACAAUUUUUUCACUGACUCUCUUCUUACCGGGGCUACCAAUGGACAUGCAUUUGAAACAAAGCCAGAGUUUGAAAGGAGGUCCUCCAGUAUCGCAGUUCUUCGAAUGAAAGCCAAGGAGCACACUGCCAAUAUUUCAUGGGCCAUGUAACAUACAGUACUCUUUUCUUUUUCUCUUAAUGGCAAAGUAAAACAUUCUUAUUUCUCAUAUUUAAAGGAUACCACAAUAAGCUGCUGUGUGUGGAAUUGCUAAAGGUCAAGAUAUACAGUGAGACCAGCUUAAAUGAAUAGUUGUUAUUAUUUAACAUUAAAAUCUAAGAAUGAACCUCUGAAAAGACUAAAUAGGUUUACCAUGCACCCGUCUCCACAAACUCUGUUUUAGUAGUAAGAUUUUUUUCUAUUGUACGAGUCAAUGAAAUAUGAUCAUGCAGCUUCUGAAAAGAAUAAAUGUAUUAAACAAA